GACCAAUAGUAACACCAAGGGCAGGUGGGCAGGCCUCAGCCCUCCUCCCCCACCCCAGGGCCCACUGCAGCCUCAGCCCAGGAGCCACCAGCUCUCCCAACACCAUGGUCCGAUACCGCAUGAGGAGCCUGAGCGAACGCCCGCACGAGGUGCACGGGCAGCAGGUGCAUGGGCAAGACCAAGGACACAACGGCCAAGAGGAGCAGGGGCUGAGCCCGGAGCACGUCGAGGUCUACGAAAGGACCCACCGAGGCCACUCUUACCAUAGGCGCAGGCGCUGCUCUCGAAGGAGGCUGCACCGGAUCCACAGACAGCGGCAUCGCUCCUGCAGAAGGCGCAGAAGACGCUCCUGCAGGCACCGGAGGAGGCAUCGCAGAGAGUCCCUAGGUGCCUCCCUCAACCAGAACUUUUCCCAAAAGGCUGCAGAACCAGGAGGAGAAGAUGCAGAAGGCACUAAGCUUCUUGGGCCCCUCACCCCCGGCUGGAAAUUAAGAAAAAGUCACCUGCCCAAGAAACACCAAGUGAGGCCAUAGCAAUUCCCCUCCAUCAAAUGCUCAAGCCCCCAGCUGGAAGAGAAAGUCACCUGCCCAAGAAACACCAAGUGAGGCCAUAGCAACUCCCCUACAUCAAAUGCUCAAGCCCUGAGUUGCCGCUGAGAAGUCCACAAGAUCUGAGUGAAAUGAGCAAAAGUCACCUGCCCAAUAAAGCUUGACAAG